GGACUUUUUGUAGGUGAACUGUAUUUUGUUGAAUUACAUUGUAGUUGCUCCAUCCGGCUACCAGAAGUAGAGCGAGGGGUAACCUUCAGCGCAGACGCCAUGCUUCUCCUCCUCCUUCCCUUUGUACCACUAGUGGUGAUCUGUUAUUGCUUUAGGCGCUGCUUCUGUUGUUGUGGCAAAAAUGACUACACUGGCCGUCAUGUCAUGAUCACCGGAGGUUCCAGUGGAAUUGGUCUGGCCCUUGCCAAACUAUUUGUCCGCAGAGGCGCCAAUGUCACUAUCGUUGCUCGAAACAAGGAGAAGCUGAUUGCUGCAAAGAGUGAACUCAACGAAUGUCAAACAAAGAGUGAGCAGGGUCGUUUGUUUCAGGCUGUAUACGCUGUUUCUGUGGAUCUGUCGCAAGGUGUCGAAGCUAUAAAUGCCGCUGUGGCGCAGCCAAUUUCUGAAAUUGGUCAAGUCGAUGUGUUGAUCAACAAUGCCGGGACUGCCAGCUGUGGGCGCUUCUUGGAUGUGGACGAGAAGGACUUCUUGCGUCAAAUGGAGAUCAACUACUUGAGCAGUGUGUACACAACGCGUUCUAUAUUGCCAUCGAUGAUGCAGAGACGGCAGGGACAGGUUGCAUUCGUGUCUUCCAUGGCUGGCCAGGUCGGUCUGUACGGUUACAGUGCAUACACGCCGUCCAAGUAUGCCUUGCGUGGCUUGGCUGAAUGCGUGCAAAUGGAGGUCAAGCCCCGCAACAUCAAAGUAUCCGUUGUCUUUCCUCCUGACACUGAUACGCCAGGCUUUGCCAAUGAGAACAUUGCUAAGCCUGAAGCAACAAAGCGCUUGUCUGGUUCAGCUGGAUUGUUUACGUCAGAGCAGGUUGCUGAGAAUAUCUUCACCGGUUUGGAGCGCAAUCGCUAUAACAUCUGGGUUGGACUGGACGGAUUUUUCCUGAGCACGUUGACAUGUGGCAUGGGCCCAUCCAAGUCAUUCUUUGAGAGCUUCCCUCAGGUCAUGUUGGGUGGAUUCCUUCGGUUCGUUGCGCUGUGCUACGUGUCGAUGUUCAACAGCACUGUCUAUCAGUGUGAACGUGAAGAAAACCGACUGUAAUACUUGUCUGGACUGGCCCAUUGAUCUGCUGCUCACUUGGCAGGACAACUAAUUUCAAUGAUGGCCUCAUGUUGCUCGUUACUCCUCAGUCCGAUAUCUUCUGCAAGUGAACUACAUGUACUCAAGAUCUGAAAUUCUAUCUAUUUGUUUUUCAUGUGAAAUUGUGAACAGUAGGUAAACUUUUGAAUUCUGUCAUUCUCUCUUUCGCCGCUUUUUUAUCAUCCUUUUUCACGAAAGAAAAAAUAAUGUUAUUUUGCUAUGACCAGCUAGGUAUCUUCUUAUUGUUUGCAGUGCCCAGAGUGCCUCUCAAGGCUGCUCUUAUUAUAUUAUUGUAGUCGUUGCUUGACCAAAAUCUAGUGCACGGCGGAGUUUACUUCCACACAUGCACUGCUAAUGGUGGCCUUAUCUGUAGCAUAUGUUUUAAUAUUUGCUGGCCCGGUUUCCACAAUCUUGCAAAAUAGGAUUCUUUUCCCAGCGAAAGGUAACUAGCUGAUGGUCCUUUCUAUAGCAUAUUUCUAUUUGCAGACACAGUGUUCACCAUCUUAGGACUUGAUCGCUCGGAUGGACAUGAAUGGAUCUUCCCGGGUUACUUGUUGCUCUGUACAUAACUUUCUGUACUUACCCAUUAUAAGAUAAUGGUGUAGGCGCUGUUUUCUUCUUAGGAAUGCUAGUAACAUGUGCAUGCAGCUUGGCUGUUUGGCAUGUUUCUGAACGCACCCACAACUUUAAAUUUCAUACACAACUCAGAAGAGACUAUUAUUUUGUCAUUGUGAAUGUUUCCAGCCUUUUUUAA